ACCGUCGCCUAGAGCGUCGGUACCCCCAGGCACCCUAAGCUAGUAAAGCGAGGGUCUUGCUGUGGAAUCCCACGCGGCUGGAUUCCUAACUAGGAAAUGGGAGCUCUCCUUAGAAAGUUACAAGCCGCUCUUCAAAGCGUAGAUUCCGAAGAGAAAUUAUGCAGUUUUGUCAGGCUUUCAGGUAGAAGUCGGCAGACACACAGAAUUGGAGUUCUUGGCUCAGGCAGAUCAGCUAACUCAGGAAUGGACCCUUACAAGGGGCUUUGGAGACUGACUACGGAGCGGCUGGUGAGCUGUGGGAGAGACACCGCAUAAGAGAACAGAAUAGAAACAGUAGACAGAGAGCAGAUAAAACAUGAGUCCCAGAGGGCCCGAGCCAGCUGCAUCCCAGGCAAUCUGGAGCCCGGGAUUGGAGACCCCACCCCUGCCGUGACAUCACAGGGGUGUGGAGUGAAGACAAAUAAAAAGGUGGUCCGCCGCCCUGGCCCUAGACCGUUGGCAGCCAGAGUGUCAAGAGGAGAGAGAGAGACUAGGCACUGACUACAGUUGCCUGGCUUACAGGAACUAGCUCUAUUCCUCAAGUCCCACUAAGCGGCCCACUCCGGGCCUUGAUCUCUUUCUCCCCGAGGUCGUCUCCCUGGGCUGCCCUUCUGAGUGGCAGUGAGCACUUUCUCAGUAUGAACUGUAUAUCAGACUUCUUCACCUACGAGACUACCAAGUCGGUGGUUGUGAAGAGCUGGACCAUUGGGAUCAUCAACCGAGCCGUCCAGCUGCUGAUUAUCUCCUACUUUGUGGGGUGGGUUUUCCUGCACGAGAAGGCCUACCAAGUGCGAGACACCGCCAUUGAGUCUUCAGUAGUAACAAAGGUGAAAGGCUUCGGACGUUAUGCCAACAGAGUCAUGGACGUGUCCGAUUAUGUGACCCCACCCCAGGGUACCUCUGUCUUUGUCAUCAUCACCAAGAUGAUCGUUACUGAAAAUCAAAUGCAAGGAUUCUGUCCCGAGAACGAGGAGAAGUACCGCUGUGUGUCCGACAGCCAGUGUGGUCCUGAGCGCUUCCCGGGUGGGGGGAUCCUCACGGGCCGCUGUGUGAACUACAGCUCUGUUCGCCGGACCUGUGAGAUCCAGGGCUGGUGCCCCACCGAAGUGGACACCGUGGAGAUGCCUAUCAUGAUGGAAGCUGAGAACUUCACCAUUUUCAUCAAGAACAGCAUCCGUUUCCCUCUCUUCAACUUCGAGAAGGGAAACCUCCUGCCCAACUUGACAGCCAAGGACAUAAAGACCUGCCGCUUCCACCCUGAAAGGGCCCCAUUUUGCCCUAUCUUGAGGGUAGGGGAUGUGGUUAAGUUCGCUGGGCAAGAUUUUGCCAAGCUGGCCCGCACGGGUGGAGUUCUGGGCAUUAAGAUCGGCUGGGUGUGCGAUCUGGACAAGGCCUGGGACCAGUGUAUACCCAAAUAUUCCUUCACUCGGCUGGAUGGAGUUUCUGAGAAAAGCAGCGUCUCCCCUGGCUACAACUUCAGGUUUGCCAAAUACUACAAGAUGGAGAACGGCAGCGAGUACCGCACACUCCUGAAGGCUUUUGGCAUCCGCUUUGAUGUGCUGGUGUAUGGGAACGCUGGCAAGUUCAACAUCAUCCCUACCAUCAUCAGCUCCGUGGCCGCCUUCACUUCUGUGGGAGUGGGGACUGUUCUCUGUGACAUCAUCCUGCUCAAUUUCCUCAAAGGGGCCGAUCACUACAAAGCCAGGAAGUUUGAGGAGGUGAAUGAGACAACACUGAAGGGUACUGCCUCCACCAACCCGGUGUUCCCCGGUGACCAGGCCACCGUGGAAAAGCAGUCCACAGACUCGGGGGCCUACUCCAUCGGCCACUAGGGCCCCUCCCCAGGGUCCCAUGCUCACCCUUAGGCUGCAGACUCUCCAACAGGCCACCCUGUCUGGGCAGAUGGGGGUGGGAUGGGGGAGAGAGGGGCUCUCAUUUCUGCUGCUCAUCCCAAAGACCACAGCCAGGUAUCUAGGUCCUUACUGUUCAGCAGUCAGGUAAUGCUUCCUGCUAAGACCUGAAUCUUGCCUUUACCCCUUGCAUGCCUCCCAUCUGCUUCCCAGGGUCCUAGGACAGCAGUAUCCAUCCCUUUCCAAAGGAGAGAGAAAAUGGUUGCUAUGGUUACACCCAUAGGGCCAACCAAGUACCAGGCACUUCCAUACACAUUAUCUCAUUGGGGCCUUAAAAUAACCCUAUAGGGUAUAUUUCUGGGUGUUUGUUUGCUUGUUUGUUUGUUUGUUUUUGAAGAGAAGCAAAGGCUCAGGGAGACUGAGUCAUUUGCCCCAGUCCACGUGACCAGAAAGUGAGGUUUAUACCCAGGUCUGACCCCUUUGCCCACAUCCGUGAGGGAAGAAUGAACUCCCUGCAUGGGGUUCCUUUGUGUCCGUUGCCUUUCCGGUGACUAGAUCACCAGUGAGCUUUCUCGGCAAUGCAGGCCCUACUUUAGGGGAGCCCAGUGAGAUGGAGUAUAAACUCUCAUUUCUGACUUGGCCAAGUCCAGCUUCAGAAGGAAAUAGGAGGUAUGUCUGUUGGUGAAUUUUUCCUCACCUCACCCCGUAUCUCAAACCCAAGCUGAGGAGUAGACCUUUGUUCUCCAGAUAGGCCCUCACACAUCUGGACCCUCACUCCAGAAUCCAGAUAGAACACACACACACACACACACACACACACACACACACACACACACACACACACACACACGACAGGUGAGAAGUGAUUUCUAAACCUAGCAUCAUGCCCCAGGACAUCAGCUGUCCUUGUUUAAGCAUUGUUGGAAAAGCCUUACUUAGUGGCUAGCGAUGUAGCUGAGUAGAUACAGUGUUUGUCUAGCAUGUGUAAAGAAAGCCUAGGGCCAACCUCCAGCACUGUAUAAACCAGGUAUGGUGGUGCACACCUGUAAUCCCAGCACUCAGGAGGUAGAGACAGCAGUGUGGGGAGGGGGGAGGAGUGUCAAAAGUUCAAGUUCAUUGUGGCAACAUAGUUAAGUCUGAGGCCAGCCUGAGUCCCAUGAAGCUGUCUCAAAAAAGAAGUUAGGAGGCACAGUGAAAUCCAAUGCCCUGUGAGCAUUCAGCCGGGUCAGCCAGGCCUGUUCCAUGUGAUCCUAAUAGGGUAAAGGGCCUCAGGAACCAUCAUGUCCAACCCUCUUGCUUACAGAUCAACACUAAGGCCAGAAAUGGAAAACGGCUUCCCUUGUGCCAUAGUGAAGUGUCCUGUGCUCAGAGAAGGACACUAUUGAACAGAAGUCAAGUCCAUCUUGUCUCUGUCUUUCAAAGAAAAGAGGAGAGGGAGAGGAAGCCCUAAAUCUCAGAAGCUCAAGGACAGAAUCAAGGUUUGGGGAGGAAGCAACUUGAAAGGCUUUUUUGGUUUGGUUUGGUUUUUUGGUUUGGUUGCUUUUGAUGAAAAGACGUUGCUAUGUAUCCCUGGCUGACCUCAACUUUACAGUCCUCCUCCCUCACCCUUUCCCCAGGAUUGGGAUUUACAGGCAAGUGUCAUCAUCCAGCUGGGGGCACCUCUUUAAAAAGAAUACAGAAUUAGGUAUCAGAGAGGUUCAUGCAAAUGAGUGGGCCUGAGGUAUAAGUUUCAUUAGUGUCAGGGCCAGUCUCCUCUGGGAACAUGGGCAUGGUGAUGAGGUCUUAGCAGAGAUGAGCAUACAUGUAGACAGAGGGCUGGCCCCUCACCAGAAGGUACAGAGAGAUGUGGGGGAAGGGGUAGUGUAGCAGUACUUUGGGAAGGCUUCUACAAGAGUACUUGAACAGACCCAACCCCAAUGAUCUCCACCCAGGGGGAGAAGGGGUAAGAGUCCUCUCACCAGGUCCAUCAAUCCUGCCCUCCAUCUGCUACUCACAGCCCCCAUCAUGAUGGGCGAUGGGAUACUGUCUCCCUAGCACCAGCAUCAGCUCCUGGGUAGUAUCCAGUAGACCUGGCCAGGCUUCAUCUCUCCAGCACAGACAUCAGUAAAGGAAACAGCACAUCCUCCAAUAAGGAGGCCCCCAGGCCCCCUUUGAGCUAAGGCGGAGUUCACAAAGAUGCUUCCUAGGAGGAGAUGGAGACACUGUGUCCUGGAAGGGAACUGUACCCCAGACUAGGAUAAUCCUCCCCCAGGUACCUGAGCCUCUUCUGGACCUUCCAGUAAGUGUGUAAGCCCCAUUCUCUACUCCCCUUUGUCUGAAUCAAGUCCACUUUUGUGUGCUAUUAGAUGUAGGCUAAUAGAAAUUACAACAGCCAGCUUGUA